GCUGUCUUCCAGGCCGGACACAACUUCCGCAACGUGGACAUGAGCUACGUGAAGACGCUGUGUGGCACCAAGCUGGGCGGGCCCAAGCUGCCCGAGAAAGUGUGGCUUGCUGAGGACAUAACUCUGCCUGAAAACUUCGAUGCCCGGGAAAACUGGCCAAACUGCCCAACCAUCAAGGAGAUCAGAGACCAGGGUUCCUGUGGCUCCUGCUGGGCAUUUGGAGCUGUGGAAGCCAUUUCUGACCGGAUCUGCAUCCUUACCAAUGGGCAUGUCAACGUGGAGGUGUCUGCCGAGGACCUGCUCACCUGCUGUGGCUUCCAGUGUGGAGACGGCUGUAAUGGGGGCUUUCCCUCUGGCGCUUGGAACUUCUGGACAAAAAAAGGCCUGGUGUCUGGUGGCCUCUAUGACUCCCAUGUAGGUGAGUUCCCGAAUAGAGAACCCCCAUUUGAAGAUAAUAGUAGGCCUUUUGGGCCCCGAUUAUCCUGCCUGGGGAGCCAGCAGAUGUGGAGGGGUGCUGUGAGGGAUGGGGCGGUGGCUGGGUCUCAGCCUGACUGGUGUUUUCCUUUCUCAGGCGUGUACCAACAUGUCACCGGAGAAAUGGUGGGAGGCCAUGCAGUCCGCAUUCUGGGCUGGGGAGUGGAGAAUGACACCCCCUACUGGCUGGUUGGCAACUCCUGGAACACCGACUGGGGUGACAAUGGCUUCUUUAAAAUCCUCAGAGGACAGGAUCACUGUGGAAUUGAGUCGGAGAUCGUGGCUGGACUCCCCUGCACGGACCAGUACUGGAAAAGGAUCUAACCCGCUGUGGGCCCUUCCAGCCAGCCCUGGGGCAGUGUUUCCUGAAAUAUAGCCAGUGGGGCUGGGGGUGACAUGAGGGAUAGGAGUGUCUUUUAUUCUUUGAGUACAAAUGGGUUUUAGACAGGGCCUGAAGGACUGGAUUGGGCCAAACCUUGUGUCUACCAUGAGAGCAGUCUUCCAAGGAGACACAGCCAAGGCCUGGCUACCUCCCAGGCCACUCAGUGGACUGUUGUCACAAUGCAUUUAAACCACUGCUACACGCAAUGCAAGUCCUUCCCCCUUAGACUAGUGCUGCUCGGCUCUUCCUGCAACCACCUCCACAUCCUUCGUCCUUCUCCAUCUGUGCAUCACCAGGGAGCAUGAUAGGCCUACAGGGUUUUUCCAAAGGAAUGAAAGGUGGAUUUCCUAAUGUUUGCUUCCCAUGCAUCCCACCAUCAGCAGUACCUCUGAGCAAGCAGCUUUCUAAUUUGAAAAUAGGUUGAGAAGAGAAUAGUGGGGCAGCCCUUUGGAAAAAGCCACUCUCCCCGGGGCUCCUGCAUCUGUCGAGCUUUGCAGUGUUGCAAACCUGCUCUGAUCUUGGCAUGAUUUUUAAAUAGAAGUUUUAUUUUUUUGUGCACCUCAGCUGAUCAUGAGAAUGAAGUAGUCUAAUGUUGGAAGAGCUGUAGUAGUUUUACCAACUGUCUCCUUAAACUGGGUGGUCUUGAUUUGACUGACUUACUGACCUCUUAAUACAAUGAAAAUAGAGAGAAACCAGCCUUUAUUGUUUAAAAAUCACUGCUAUACCCUAUUAAAGAAGGAAUACUGUGCCAAUAAAAGGUUUCUCCUUCAAUGUCA